UUCUAGAUAGUGGUAGGCAUUUCAUAGAUGCUUUUAUUGAUAUUGAAGGGGGGUUUUUUGUUACUUUUGUCCAUGCCCCGUCAGAACCUGCUAGACGUAGAGAUUUUUGGGAUCAUAUUAGCAACCUAAGAACUAAUGCAGAAGACAAGUGGAUUGUUAUGGGGGAUAUGAACGUUGUUUUGUUCUCUGAGGAGAAACUGGGGGGAGGUCCUCCUAGAGCGGAUUCUGUAAUUCCUUUUAAGGACUUUGUUUCUGAUAAUGCAUUAAUGGACCUUGGCUUUUCGGGCUACCCUUUCACGUGGAAGAAUAACCAAGAAGGAUCAAGAAGGGUUGAGGUGAGACUGGACAGAGUGUUGUGCUCAACAUCCUGGUUCUCCACCUUCUCUAAUGCUAGGGUCAUCCAUGAGCUGCCUAUCGAGUCUGAUCAUAGCCCCCUGAUAGUGGAGUUGGAAGGUUUAAAGCAGAGAGUCAAAAGUCCAUUUCGGUUUGAUACAAGAUGGCUAAAGAGAGAAGAGUGCCAUGAUAUAGUCAACAGGAUUUGGGAAGAGGAAGGAAAUUGUGAAGAGAAAAUGUCUAAAUGUGAAAAGGAGUUAAGGAUUUGGGCUAAACAAGUUUUUCAAGAUCAAAAUAAAAGGGCUGAUGAGAUUCAAAGAAGGCUAGAGGAGAUUCUCCUACUUGAGCGUACUGAGGAAAUAAUCAAUGAAGAGAAAUUGUUGAUGAAUGAAUUGGCUAUAAUAUGGAAGGAUGAAGAAUUGUUUUGGAGCCAACGAUCUAGAAUCAGCUGGCUUAAUGAGGGAGACCGGAAUACUAACUUCUUUCAUUCCUCAACUAUUCACAGGAAGCAGAGGAACAAGAUUGUUAGGUUGAUUGAUGAGAAUGGUGGUGUUAUUUCACAGCCUGAAGAUAUUAAUUCUCAUGUUAAAGAGUACUAUAAAACUCUGUUCACCAAGUCAGAAGGCAGGGAUUUGUCCGCUCUUCAGGAUUUUCCUCAUCUUGUGUCACAAGAAAUGAAUUUAGAUAUUUGCAAGGAACCCACUGUGGAGGAGAUUAAAGAAGCUGUGUUUGAUCUUGGGCCCACAAAAUCACCCGGUCCAGACGGUUUUGCAGGGAGCUUUUUUCAAAAUUUUUGGGGUAAGAUUGGCCCAGAUUUCUGUAAGGAAGUGCAGGUGUUCUUUGAGACUUCAAUCAUGCCUGACGGGUGGAACGAUACCCACAUCGCCCUCAUUCCGAAAGUCCAAUCACCGGAAUCUAUUAAACAGUUCAGGCCGAUAAGUUGUUGCAACUUUCGGUACAAAGUCAUAUCAAAAAUUCUUUCAAGCCGAAUGAAGAAAUGGCUGCCUGGACUAGUCUCGGAAAUGCAGGCGGCCUUCACUGGAGGUAGACUAAUACAGGACAACAUCAUUAUCGUUCAUGAAAUCCUCCAUCAUUUCAAGACCAGAAGGAGUGGGAAUUGGGACAUGAUGAUAAAAUUAGACAUGCGUAAAGCAUAUGAUCUUGUGGACUGGGAGUGUUUGGAUGCUAUCCUUCUUGCUUAUGGAUUUGCUGAUAAAUGGAGAGGAUGGAUAAGAUCUUGUGUUCAAACUGUCAGAUUCUCAUUAUUAAUGAAUGGGAGCCCUACAGAGAAGUUUCAACCUUCGAGAGGUAUUCGACAAGGGGAUCCGAUUUCUCCUUUAUUGUUCAUCCUCAUGUCGAAUGCAUUAUCUUUCUUGAUCGAUAAAGCAGUUGAUAAGGGUGAAAUUCAAGGUAUCAAGCUCAAUCCUAACUGUCCUAGGAUCUCACAUUGCUUAUUUGCCGAUGAUACUGUUAUAUUUGGAAAAGCAAGUGUCAAAGAGGUCGAUCAUAUUCAGAGGAUCCUAAUGAACUAUGGAGGAAUUACAGGGCAAGAGAUUAAUGCCGAUAAGUCCUCGAUCUUUUUCAGUAAGAACACGCCGGAUGCGCUCAAAGGUAUUAUCACAAAUAAACUGGGGUUCUCGCCUUCUAUUUGUCACGACAAGUACCUGGGAGUUCCCUCGGUUUGGGGGCGGUCUAAGAAGGAAACUUUUCUUUUCCUACUUGAAAGGAUGGAAAAGAAGGGUGAUUCAUGGAAGAGUUUACUCUUAUCUCUGGGAGGAAAGGAGGUUCUUUUGAAGGCAGUGAUUCAGGCUAUUCCCACUUAUCUUAUGAGUAUUUUCCUUCUGCCCCUUUCCCUGACUAACAAGAUGGAUUCGCUGCUUAAGAGGUUCUUCUGGGCGGGUUCUAUGAAGAAGAAAUCUAUCCAUAGGUGCGAUGCAAGAACUCUAGAGAAACCAAAAGAGGAAGGGGGUCUAGGAUUUAAAAAUUUCCAUCUCUUCAAUGUUGCCUUGAUAGGCAAGCAAGUCUGGAGGAUUUUGGAGAAUCCGGAUGCUCUUUGGGUUCGGCUUCUCAAAGGGCUUUAUUUUGGUGAUGGGGAUUUCUUCUCGGCCUCUAAAGGAAGGAAUGGGUCAUGGAUUUGGAGUGGACUCUGCGACACAAAAGAAAAACUCAAGAUGGGUUUGGUUAAAAGUAUCAUGUCAGGUAAUGAUACCCUGUUUAAUUCUGACCCUUGGCUUCUUUCUGCCCCUUCGUUUUCCUUGUCUUCUCUAGGUCUGAACCAGUCCAAGGUGAGCGAUUGGAUUCAUCAACAUGAUAGAAAGUGGAAGAAGGAGAGCCUGUAUGAGGUGGUUCCUGAAGGAGUGGUUGAUGAUAUCCUGCGCAUCCCGAUUGGUCCUCAGGAGGCAGCAGACAAGUGGAUUUGGAAGUUUUCUAAUACUGGAGCUUACUCUGUGAAAUCCGCGUACAGAGCUCUCAAAGAUAAUAGGGACCUUCACUUGCAGUCAACGUCAUCAAAUGACAUACGACCUAAUAGCGAAGACUGGAAGUGGCUUUGGUCCCUGUCUCUCCCUCCGAAGUUGCGUUUCUUCAUAUGGAAGAUUGCAAAGGGUGCUAUUGCCACUAAAUCUAGGCUUUUUGAUCGAAAGUGUGCUCCAAGCCCUUGUUGCUCCAUCUGCAAUCAUCAUGUUGAGUCCAUCCAUCAUUGCUUCUUCAAGUGCCCUCAUGCUUCAUCUACGUGGGAACAUUUGGGUCCUUCUUCGUUCCUCCUGCAGGAGGACUGUUCGUUCUCGGAUUGGUUCUUCAGGCUUAAGGACAGUUUUUCGGUGGAUUUCAUCAAGAGAAGCGUGUGCAUCUUGUGGAACAUAUGGAUUGCUAGGAAUGGCUUUUUAUUCGAGAACAAGGUCAUUUCCCCGACCUCUUCAGCAGUGUUAGCCGAUCGUGAUUUCCAGGCCAUUGAGGAAGCAAGAAAUUUCAUUUCUCGCCCUACUUCUUUGAGAUCAGCUACAUUGCAAUCUCAGCCAAGGGGAUCCCGCUCUCAUCCUUCACCACCGCCUGGUUCUUUUCAGAGGAUUGUUCACUGUGAUGGUUCUUUUUGUGCAGAAUCACGGGAGGCAGCUUAUGGGAUUACUAUUGCUAAUGCCCAUGGUCAAGUGUUGGACGGCAAGGCUGAGAAAGUCUUUUGUUCCUAUCCUAUUCAAGCGGAAGCUUAUGCAAUUCUUAAUGCUGUCUUAUGUGCAUCUCGGGAUGUUUGCCAGACGUGUAUCAGGUCUGAUUGUCAGAUUCUGAUCCUCGCCUUAAGGCGUACUCCUGAUCGAUGGCCUUGGCAAUGUCGACCAAUCUUGGCACGCAUCAUUUCUCUCCUCCAAUUGGCUCCCUGGAUCAAGGUGAUGUUUAUCCCCAGGCGUCUCAAUGGUCUUGCGGAUUGGGUGGCGAGGAAUGAGCGUUUGGGAGCUCUUCCUGUGGAUUGGUUGACUGUUGCUGAGCUUGUUUCUCCUUUGCUGUAAGAAUGUACUUGGUUUCCGUUGAUGGGUUAAGGAAUAAAAGCAGUUUCUAUUCAAAAAAAAAAAUGCCAUUCAAAUCACGAAUUAACUGAAUUUUGAAGCAUUCUACUAGAUUCCAAAUCACAGGAAAUAUACUAGAAAGUAGAUGGUUCAUAAAUAUUAAGAAAUGUACUUGUUCUGAUUUCACAAAGACAAAUGGAGCGAGUUAAUAUUUUUGUGUCAACCAAUUAUUAGAAGAAAAUAUUUUUGUGUCACUAAUUGCAAGAACAAGUGAAUAUUGUGAUGUUUGCUUUAACAACUAAUUGAAAAAAAUGGAAACUAUCACAAGUUCACAACAUUGUGUUUUUUUUUGUUUUGUAUAUUUGUUUUCCAACCUUGCUUCACAAUAGUUGUUUUUUUGUUUACGUUGCGUUGUUAGGACAUCACUAUGAGUCUAUGAUUAUAACUAAUCCCCUCUUAUAGGUGGCCGUACGAGACAGUAAAGUAGCAAACUCAGAGUAACCUAUUUUUCCAUAAAUAUGAACCUUGCAUUCGUAAUUAACACUAUGUUUGGGAAGGGGUGCAAAUGAAAGGGGGUGCAAGUUUGGAGGGGUAAACACAAGUUCCAAGGUGUUUACCCACGUUUGGUUAUUUUGUAACAGUAGGGGGGUGCAAAACGUGAGCGUAAAUUCACUGUUUCGGCUUACCCCCCCAAAUUGGGGUGCAAGGAAAGGAAGGAAGGGAGGGGGAAGGAGGAGGAGGGGAAUUAUGAAUUUUCAAUUAGAUUAUAAUUACAUAAUAAUUAAUAUUAUUAAUUUUUUCUUAUAUCUAUAUUAGUGUAGAAGUUGUUUGGGGUUGACCGUUUGACUAAGAGAGCAAUUUUGUCAAUGUUCGCCUCGUCAAAUCGAUAUCUCUUAGUUGACCCGAAUUUGCAUUGAAAAUUAGAGAUAAGAAGCAUUUGUUGAAAAGAUAGAGAGGAACAGUUUAGUUAACUCGAUUUAUUUUAAUAAGUAGUUAAAACUUACAGAUUCGAACGUGUUUGACUAAGUUUGACCAUAUUCAAUUUAAAGUUAGGCACGAGAACCCCCUUAGGAUGACCAGUUACGAGUUGGAUUUCGAGUUUCGAGGUUGCUCGACCAAUGAUUAUUGUUGUUGUUAUAAAUAAUUAUAUUUGAGCAUUAUUAUAUAAUAAUUAUUUUUAUUAAAAUUAUUUUUAUUUAUUAUUUUUAUUAUUAUAUAUUGAAUUUUCAUGUUAUUAUUUUGUGAUAAUAUUUUAUAAAUUGAUAAAUCUAUUUUAUAAUAAUAUAAUUACUUACUUUUUACUCUAUUUGCACCCCCUACUUUUUCAUCCAAACAACAAUUUACCCCUCCACUUACACCCUCCACCAAAUUGCACCCCCCAACAAUUUACCCCUCAACUUAUACCCCUCGAACUUGCACCCCCUUGUUGCCAAACAUAGUGUAAAGGAUCAAAUGAUACGUAUAAGUAAACCUGAUAUUCAAAGUUGGACUUCUCUUUGGGUCUGAUACAAAAACAAAACCUUACACUCUUUGGAUUGUGAAUUGUGAUGAUGGUCUCCAUUCUCUUUUGGGCUGGGCUUGAUCACAAUGCUUAUCACUUUAGGCUUGUGGCUUUUAUAUGUGAGAUUAAGUAAAGUCCUAAUUGGACCUUCUCAACGGCCCACACAGCCCAACGUGCCAAUAUCAUUUUUUCGAUAAGAUCCAAACGCAAUAUCAAUAGAUAAUAAAUUUAUUAAAAAAUACAAAUGAACAAGGUUGUCAACUCGCGGGUUGACCCGGACCCGGUCGAGCUAGUGGGUCAAGGGUUAAUGGGUCAACUGUUUUUGCCCGAUUUGGCUCGGAAAUAUAGAAAAAAGUCAUUAUAUUGUACUUAUCCUCAUAAAUUAUAUCAAAUCUU